GAGUAGAUCCCCAAAUUCAUUAAAGUUUCCAUUUUUCCAAGUGGGUGUCUCUACAUUUGAUCAAAGAAUCCUUUUUGGUUUAUUUGGUUCUCAAAGUUUCACUCAAUCGCAUUUGACUCUUAUCACUUUCUGCCUGUCUUACUACUCUAGACAUUGCAAUUUGCUAAGUAAUAGGAUAUUCAUUUGUUCCUCACUUUGUUUUCUGAUCAACACUCUGCAGAACAAGGAAAAUGAACAAUGAAGAAAAACGAUUUAAUCGAGAAGAAGAGGAUGAGGAGGAGGAAAGUGGGAGAGGUCGAGAAGCUUGGGAAAGAACUUAUGCAGAUGAAAGAUCAUGGGAGUCUUUGCAAGAGGAUGAAUCAGGACUCCUUCGUCCAAUUGACAACAAAACUCUAUCCCAUGCUCAGUAUCGACGGCGUCUCCGCACUGCAACCGCUGCACGAAUUCAGAAGGGUCUCAUUCGGUAUCUCUACAUUAUCAUUGAUUUCUCCAGGGCAGCUGCAGAAAUGGAUUAUAAACCAAGCCGAAUGGUUGUAGUUGCUAGACAAGUGGAGGCUUUUAUAAGAGAAUUUUUUGACCAGAAUCCACUGAGUCAAAUUGGCUUGGUGAUCUUGAAAGAUGGAGUAGCUCAUUGUUUAACAGAUCUUGGUGGCAGUCCUGAGGCUCAUAUCAAAGCAUUGAUGGGUAAAUUGGGUACCUCAGGUGAUGCAUCCCUUCAGAAUGGCUUAGAUCUUGUGCGUGAUCUCCUAAAUCAAAUCCCAUCAUAUGGUCAUCGUGAAGUCCUUAUCCUGUAUUCGGCUCUUAGCACAUGUGAUCCGGGGGAUAUACUGGAAACCAUCCAAAAGUGCAAAGCGUCUAAGAUAAGGUGCUCAGUAAUUGGUCUCUCUGCAGAACUCUACAUAUGCAAACAUCUCUGCCAAGAGACUGGUGGAAUGUAUUUUGUUGCAUUGGAUGAGCCUCAUUUAAAAGAGUUGGUAUUGGAGCAUGCCCCACCUCCUCCAGCUAUUGCAGAGUUUGCUGUUGCAAAUUUGAUCAAGAUGGGGUUCCCCCAAAGAGCAGCAGAGGGUGUGAUUUCAAUUUGUUCGUGUCAUAAAGAGGCUAAAGUUGGUGGUGGAUACACUUGUCCGAGAUGCAAAGCACGCAUAUGUGAGCUGCCUACUGAAUGCUGCAUCUGCGGCCUGACCCUGGUAUCUUCUCCACAUUUGGCAAGGUCAUAUCACCAUCUCUUCCCAAUAAGGCCAUUUGAUGACGUUUCACCCUCAGUUCUGAAAGAUCUUCACAAGUUACCAAAGAAUUGCUUUGGUUGCCAACUAAGUCUCCUAACUCCUGGAAAUUUGCUAGGUCCACAGGUUGCUUGUCCAAACUGCAAACAACACUUCUGCCUUGAUUGUGAUAUUUAUAUACAUGAGAGCUUGCACAAUUGUCCAGGUUGUGAGAGCUUGAGGAAUUCCAAGACCAUUAGUGAUAUGGAAGAAUGAUAAGGAUAUCUGUUCUGAAGUGGUUUAUUCCUCAAUGGAACAAGUUAAAUGGCAGAAAUGUGAUGUUCUGUUGGAUGUUCUUGUCAAGUACAGAAAUCUUGUUUCAGACCUUGUCCUGAGGAAAAGUCAAGCUGGCUGCUUUUACGGAACCUUUGUUGUUGGAUGCAGCCAAUUUCUAUGGAACAACUAUGGGAAACACAGCUACUGAUCUCAGAGGUGAAACUUCUAAUUCAAAGUUUGGAGCUAUGCAGGAUUAUGGCGUGAUGUAUCAUAUAUGACUAUCAGAUUGUUGCUUCUUGUACCCUCAAAUUUUGACUUCAAAGAAGAAAAAAAGAAGUUGGUGAUGAGAUCUCUAUUUUACCUUUGAGCCUCAGGAAUUUUGGCAUUUAAUUACUGGACAAUCCGCUGGUGAAAUCAUUUUUGAGUGCUUCAUUGUGCAUUUCCAAAGGUAGAGGCCCUUGCUACUGGUAGAUGAGAAUAAUUUAUCAGCGAUCGUUAAGCCAAAGAGAUUGUUUAGGAGGACAAUUAAAUUAGCUUUUAUGAACAUGUUAUAGCCAUAUUCAGCCUUUGUCACCAUUGAGAACGACACUUAAGCUGUAAUACCUGCUCAUGUUUGUGCCUACUUAUGUUGAUUUAAAUCGAACACUCUCGAGCCUCUUUUAAAGGUUAUUGGCCGAGUGGCCCUCUGAACUUUUUCUUAGUUAUUCUGGAUUAUCUUUUCCCGAAAAUUUAUGUUACUCUAAUCAAUAAUCAAGUUUAGAGACAUUUGCAUGACCUUUGUUAGACUCUUAAGGAUUUCCAACCAUCAGGCUUGUCACUUGGGCUGGGCAUUUGGUACUAAGGUUCCGUAGCCUUUCGGAUCAUAUAUACUAUGUAUCAAACCGUCGUUUUUCCAUACGACUGGGUAUCAAAAUCAAGUUAGUAUUAAUAUAUAUUUUUCGUUAA